AUGGAUAAGAGUUGGAUGCAUAAGUCAAGAUUGUCUAAUGAGUAUGCAGAAGGAGUGGAGACAUUUCUUGAUUUCGCGUUUAAUAAGUCAAGUGAAGACAACAUGAUUGUUUGUCCUUGUGUAAAGUGUGCGAAUGUUCAUUGGCACACACGAGAAGUAGUGGAAGAACAUUUAAUGUGUGAUGGAAUUCUACUGGGUUACACUUGUUGGUUCUUCCAUGGGGAGCGUGCUCCUUCUUCAACAUCUAAUUUGGAUGACAUAAUUACAAUGCCUCCGAGCUCCAGUCAUCCUACUUCAACCUUUCAUAGUAGCCAUGGCGCCAUGGGAGAAUUGUUACGUGAUGCUUUUAACAUCCGUCAUGAUGUUCAUGGGGGCAUUGAACCUAAUAUUGGAGAUGUCAAUGAUGAAGGCCACGACGAGGCAGGCGAGGAAGAACUUCCUACAGAAGCGGCAAAGUUCUACAAGUUACUUGAAGAUAUGAAUGAGAAACUUUAUGAUGGAUCGAAGCAUUCAAGGCUGUAUUUUUGCAUUCGCCUCUUCCACCUAAAAUGCAUAUGUGGGAUGACCGGAAAAGCUCUCGAUUACCUAAUUGAGUUUUUGAAAGAAUUUUUCCCAGCCGCUGCGAUUCCUACAAAUAGUCAUGAAUCUAAGAAGUUUAUCAAAGACUUAGGACUUGGUUAUGAAAAAAUUCAUGCUUGCCCUAAUGAUUGUAUGCUCUAUUGGAGUGAUAAAGAAAAUCAGCAAGCUUGUCUUGUUUGUGGCACUUCUCGUUGGUUGUCCACUGAAUCUAACCAAACUUCCAAUGAUAAUGAUGAAUUGGUCCACAAAAGACCAGCGAAGGUUUUGCGUUAUUUUCCUAUCAUCCCAAGAUUACAGAGAAUAUUCAUGUCGUCAAGGACUUCUGGAGAUAUGACUUGGCAUGUUGAUGGUCGUACAGAAGAUGGGUGUUUGAGGCAUCCUGCUGACGCUGAAGCAUGGAAAAUGUUUGAUACGAGAUAUCCAGACUUUGCUUCUGAUCCUCGAAAUAUUAGGCUCGGACUUUCCUCUGAUGGUUUUAACCCAUUCAAGUUACUGAGUACUUCUUAUAGUACAUGGCCGGUGGUGUUGAUUCCUUACAAUUUGCCACCGUGGAAAGGGAUGAAGCAAUCUUCUUUCAUCUUAUCCAUGAUUAUCCCUAGAGUUAAUGGUCCAGGAAAUGACAUUGACAUCUACUUACAACCUCUAAUCAAGGAGCUGAAGCAAUUAUGGGUUGGUGUUCAGACAUAUGAUGCAUCAAGGAGACAGAAUUUCAAUUUGUGA